AAUACACAUUGAGUGCCAAAACAUCUAAAUCAUGGCGACAGGUCGGGAGACCAGAAGUAAUCCAGUUCCCAAAUUUGCCACAGGAGAAAAAGUCCUUUGCUACGAGCCUGAUCCUAACAAGGCUCGAGUAUUAUAUGAAUCGAAGGUUCUAGAAGUUGAUAUCACUAAAGAUGACAAAGGAAAAAGAGUUCCAGAAUAUUUCAUUCAUUUUAAUGGUUGGAACCGAAGCUGGGAUCGCUGGGUUGUAGAAGAUCAAGUUCUAAAAGAUACGGAAAACAACAGAUCACUCAUGAUCAGACUCCACGAGCAGGCACUGAAAGCGAGGAUUAAAAAGAAGAGGAGGUUUCUUCAAGGUUCAGAAAGCAAGGACUCUGAUGAUACUAGCAAAUCUGAAAGAAAAUCAAUUUCAGAAGUGGUGGAAAACCCAGAACUACCAAAAGUUGAAAUUGAAAUACCAAGUCAGUUAAAACUGAAGCUUGAAGAUGACUGUUAUUUUAUUAAAAGAAAAAAGAAGCUUGUGCAGCUUCCCCGGACACCAAAUGUUGUACAAGUUCUUCAAGAUUAUUUCCAGCAUUAUCAGGAAUUUUACCCUGGACAGAGCUCAAACUUGGUCAAAGAGGCGAUGGAUGGUCUCCGCAUUUAUUUUGAUUUUACUCUUCCAACUUUGUUGCUUUACAACUUUGAACGUGAGCAAUAUCAAAUGGUCAUGAACUUCACCCCGCACUCUGAGGAAACUAAGGACAGACAUCAAGAAGAAUUAAAUGGAAAAACACCAACAGAUGAUAAAUAUGGAAUAGUUAGUUCAUCCACAGAAAGCUCUCCUGUAAAGCAAGAUUUUGCAAACAUUUUUACAAAUCAGACUGAAACAAAGGAAGGAGAAGCCAAACAAGAAAGACUUCUACGUCGGCGCACGCCCAGAAAUCUAUCAGCAAAUGUUGAGGCUUCCCAGUCUGCAACAGUGUCAUCCACUUCAUCGAGCCCAGAAUGCAAUGCUUCUGCUCUAAAACGGAAAGCAGUGGAAAUAGAAGACAAUUCUUCUCACAGUACAGCAGCACCAUUCCCAAGUUCGCCCAUUCCCAGCUCGCUGAGUAUAUCUACUCACAUGAUGCCCUCACAAAUCUAUGGACCGGAACAUUUAUUAAGAUUAUUCGUCAAACUACCUGGCUUGUUAGCAAGAACAGAUAUGCCUGAGAAGAAUCUCGAUGCACUCUUGGAGCAAAUAAAUACCUUUCUCAGGUAUCUGGCCGAGAAUUCAAACAAUCUAUUCCCAGAGGACGUUUAUUACAACUCACUGCUCUGAGGAGAGGGCUUGAAGAGCUUGUUUACGUUUCUUUUCGGAAAACAUCAACAAGAAACAUUGCUUCGUUUUCUUCUACACAGACCUUACGGUUUCCCACUUCUAUCAUUGAUCAUUCCAUUUGUAAAAAUUCAUUCGUUCAAGUUCCUUUUGAUCGGGUGUUAAUCUGUAGACUACAAAAAAAACUUUCAUCCUUUCUGUCGGCUGUAAAUAUCUUUUCAUGUACGUUAACAUAUGAAUAUAAUUAAUAUUAAUUUAUUUCAUGACUUUGCUUGUAAGGGACAUUGGUUUUUUGUUAAGAAUCCUUCGUUUGUUAAUAAAAAAGCUUUUAAUUAA